AUGGACUUAUCCAUUCUCGAGAAGCAACGAUCACUGCAUGAGGAACGUGAGAGGAUCAUCGGCGCGAUGGUCGUCGAGAACCUCGAAAAGAAACAAUCCCACCGGGACCAAGUCAACUCCGAUCAUAGAAUCAAGGUCCUUCUGGACAGAUCCCUCGCCUGCGCCAAGCAGUUGGAAGACGACUACAACGACGAGGACGGCUCUCGAAAGGAGGAAAUGAACAAGAUUGCCGGCCCCAACGAAUUCCCGGAGUUCUACUCCCGUCUCCGUAACAUAAAGGAAUUCCACCGCCUGCGACCCCAAGACGCCGGCAAGCCACUUUGCUUCCAAUAUGAGCAGAUGAACAUCCAAGUCAAGGAAAACGAUAAUCUCCCGAAUAUGGUCGAGUUCUCCGACGAGGAAGGAUACGGACGAUUCCUUGACCUGCACGAGCACUACAAUCGCUACGUCAACAUCAAGGGAAUCAGCAAAAUCGAGUAUCUCGACUACCUCACCAUCUUUGACAAGCUCUUCGACAUCUCCAAGGACAAGAAGAACUCGCUCGCGUACAAGGAUUACGUCAAUAACCUGAUGAGUUAUCUCUACGAAUACGCCGAAAAAGUCAAGCCACUCAUCGACUUCGAACAGGACGUUCUUGAGACCAAAAAGGACUUUGAAGAACAAUGGGCCAAGGGUCAAUUUCCUGGCUGGACUGAAUCGAACACUGCGCUCAAAUCAUCCGGCGCUCCGUUGGAUCUGACGAAUAUCAACUCAGCUGAGGAGCUUGAAAAACUCGGCCUCGAUCGUCUCAAAUCGGCGUUGAUGGCACUUGGGCUCAAGUGCGGUGGAACACUGACUAACCGUGCGGAGAGAUUGUUUUCGACUAAGGGCCUCUCCGAUGAUCAAAUCCCCGCUUCCAUCAAAGCGAAGAAGAGUGGCAAAGGAAAAGAGGCGGCAAGAAAUGGAAAGAAAGAGAUUGCAUUUGUUGAAGCACAGAUUUAUCGUCUCAUUGAAAUCCUCGGGGAGCAACGCGAGAUGACACGCGACAAUGUGGAGCGGAAACAAGCACGAACUGAGGACGAGCGAAUGGAGGACGAGGAAGACGAGGAAUUCGUCGAAGAAGAGGAGGAAGAGGAAGAAGACGACAUCAUUUACAACCCGAAGAACUUGCCACUCGGCUGGGACGGUAAACCAAUUCCGUAUUGGCUCUACAAGCUGCACGGGCUCAACAUCGAUUACAAGUGCCAGAUCUGCGGAAACCAAACUUACCGAGGGCCUAAAGCUUUCCAGCGCCAUUUCAGCGAGUGGCGACACGCGCACGGUAUGCGCUGUUUAGGAAUCCCAAACACUGCCCACUUCGCCAACGUCACCGAGAUCGAAGACGCCCUCGCGCUCUGGGCCAAGCUCAAGGAACAAAAAGCGUCGGAAAAGUUCAACCCGCACAUGGACGAAGAAUUCGAGGACUCGCUGGGCAACGUUGUCAAUCGAAAGACAUACGACGACAUGCGACGCCAAGGAAUCUUGUAA